AUGAAGUACCUGUUCGUAGUUGCCCUUGUUGCCCUGGCCAUCCAGGUGGCUUCCUCUGCUAGUGCCACAACAACAACCACUGAUGCCACCACAACAACGACAACCACUGCAGCUUCAACCACGACGACAACCGCCUCUUCCACCCACAAAAAGCGUUGUUGGAGGGGCAACAACUGGUGCCACACCCGCAUCCCCAAGAGGAAGUGCAAGAACCCAAGGAGGUGCCACAAGACCGUCGUGAUUGUGACCCACAGGAAGAACUAA